AUGCAAGCUCUAUACGUGUUGGCUUUGUUCGCUGGCCUUGCGCUGGCGCAGACAGAUAAUCUUAGGGGUGUCAACCCAGAUCUAGCGUCACAUUAUUCUGGGAAGGGUGGUGCUUUCACUUGCAUUUCGGGUAUCCCUAAGACAAUCCCUUUUUCGCGAGUUAAUGACGAUUACUGCGAUUGUCCAGAUGGAAGUGACGAGCCAGGUACCUCGGCUUGCCACAACGGGCGCUUCUACUGCCGCAAUCUGGGACAUGAAUCGCGUCUACUGGCCUCAGCAUUCGUGGACGAUGGAGUUUGCGAUUGCUGCGAUGGUGCCGACGAGCCUAAGGGCAAGUGCCAGAAUACAUGCUUACAAGCGGCUGCAGUGCGUAAGGAGGAGUUGAGAGGCAAGAUCCAGCUGCAUGAACAUAUGUUAAACCGAAAAAAGGAGUACACCACGAAGGCAAGCACCUUUAAAGAGGAGUUAAAGCUUAAAGCAGAAACAAUCGACGAGGACAUCGCGCGGCAGCAGGCAGAAAUCGAUAACCUGAAAGGUGAAGUCACACGUCUGGAGGCUGAGGAAGCGGCUCGGCAAGCUGAGAUCGCGGCCGCAAACCAGGCUGCAGAGGAAGCACGCAAGGCGGAGGCUGAGGCGCAGGCUGAGCAAGCUGCAUCCUUGCAAGGCGAAGAGGCAGCAAGCUCUAUGGAUUUCAAAGCCGAUGAAGGGGAGCAUGCGGAAGGCCAGGCGCAGCAGGAAGAGAGGGAGGAGACGCCGGAGGAAAGGGGACGUCGAAUCGCUUCGCAAUGGACAAACGAUCCCGAGGCUGCGGCUGUACCGGAAUCCGAAGGCCACCUGAACCCGGAUGACCAGGAGGAGGAUGUGGACGGCCAUUAUGACGGCACCGAGGACGAUGGUACCGAGGGCCACUUUGAUUACCCCAAUACCGAGGCACAGUCAUCCGAUUACCAUCCGGACCAUGCGCGACGGCCACCGCGUCCAGAUCCGUACUCACCGCUGAACAAGGCCAGAGCGGCGGUGAUGGAGGCUGAAAGAAAGCUCCAGGGGCUCCAGAAGGACAAAGAGAACAUCGGCACCUUCCUACACCGACCGUUGGACUUGGGCCCGGACGAUAUCUUCCUGGCGCUUGCAAACAAGUGCUUCACUUCAUACCAGACGCGCUGGACGUAUGAGAUCUGCAUGUUCGACAAGGCGGUGCAGAAGGAGGGCUACACCAACUCCGUGGUAGUGGGUCGCUGGUAUGGCUUUUCGGAUGACUAUAGGACCAUGUACUUUACAGGAGGCGACGAGUGCUGGAACGUGGGUCCACGCAGCAUGACGGUGGCGCUAUCCUGCGGCUGGGAUGAGCGGCUGUCAGACGGCGAGGAGCCCAGCACCUGCGCCUAUGCAGCAAAGUUGACCACGCCAGCUGUGUGCACGGAGGCUGAGCUGCAUGAGCUGCAGCAACAGUUGGAGAACCUAGAAGCCUUUGAGAAGGAGGUCCAGGAAAAGAUCCUGAAGGAUGAGUUAUAAGCUUCAUCGGCUCGGAUUGUGCUAUCCUCUUAUAAGCCGUGAUGGUGGUAGUGGUUUAGAUAUGAAGGUGCCGUACCAUUAUUUCAUUUAGCGAUGGACCUUGUUGCCCAUCGACAGGAAUUGUCGGUAAGCGAGCGAAGCGCGCAAUUGUGGCGGAUCACAGGCAGAUCAGGGCCAAUGCGCAGGAUAUCGCAGAUGUUUCGAGCUUGAAAUAGUAGGGUUUUGGGGAAACGGACUGUUACCCAGCCAUGAGAUAUGAUGACGGCAUACAAAUCGUCGGCUUCAUGCAUAGGCUGUAUUUUGAACCCAGGGCAGCAUAUUCCGGGAUGGGGGGAGAGAGUUCCGUUAGCGAACUCAUCUAUGUUACACGGGCCUUGCCGUUCUUAGGUAUGGCAGCAACAGGCUAUGCGAGGAAAGGAUGUGGUUUGUAAUGUUAUCGCC